CCUCCUUUACUCUUUCCAGUGCGCGACAUGGCCUCCCAGCCACCGCCGCCGCCGCCGCCGACUCCGAAGAAGAAGAAGAAAUCCCCGUCACCCGCUCCCACCACCAUAUGCGCCCUCGGCGACGACCUUCUGCGCGAGGUAUUCCUCUGCCUCCCCUCCCUCCCGAGCCUCGUUCGCGCCUCCCUCACCUGCCGCCCUUUUCUCGGCGCCGUCCGUUCGUCGCCUGCAUUCCGCCGCCGGUUCAGCGACCUCCACUCGCCCCCGCUCCUAGGAAUCUUCCUCAGCAUCCACGACCCCGCCUUGCCAGCCUUUGCGCCCACCCGCCGCCUCUCCGACGUGGACCACGCCGCCGCCAUCCGCGGCGCCGAUGUCUUCCUUACCCUGCUCCCCGAAGACGAUAAGGACGCCGAUCGCGAGUGGGCAAUGGAAGACUGCCGCGACGGAUAUGUCGUUCUCGUCAACUGGGGAAUCAAGCAAAUGGCUGUCUACGAUCCCCUCACACGGGCCCUGGAUCUCUUCUCCGCGCCACCGGACAAGAUCUGCAGCGGCAUGCACGUUGAGUUCCACAUGCUCGGCUCUGAAGAAUGCCACGGGGAGUUCCGCGUUGCCUCUGUCUGUCAUGACGAGUGGGGGGCGCAAGCUGCCGUGUUCUCAUCAGAUAGCAGAGAGUGGCAGGUUUUCCCGUUUUCAGAGGAUGGUCACUGCAAUCAUGAUGGUACAAUGGUGAAUGGGUUUCUUUAUUGGACAUUUACAAGCGGAGCCAAUAUCCUUGUGCUGAACACCGCUACACUGUAAUUCUCGCAAAUCAAUCCGCCGCUGCAUAUGGAAGGGCAAGGGGAAUUUAAGCCUGGUGAGACCAAGGAUGGGAGGCCCUGCUUGGUUUGCACGGUUAAAUUCACGCUUGUUGUCCCGGAUGACGACGACGUUGAUAGAUGGAUCCUGGAUAAGACAUUACCGAUGCAGGAUGCGAUCACUCUGCACGAUGAUUGUGCUCUCAAUGUUGUGGCGAUUAUCGGUGGUUUGGUGUAUUUUUCUACUUCUUGUGAGACGCAUUCGAAUUCUUGCUUUUUCA